CAAUAAUUUUGACAGAUUUGCGGUUAAGAAGUAUUAAGAACUUGUUGAAAACAGUUUCUUACAUUUAUUCCUCGCAAAAUGGAAAUCAAAACUCCUCACUUAUCAGAAGGAUCUCAAAUACCGCCUAAGUCUGAACCACUGCGUUUAUAUUCCUUUGAAUAUUGUCCAUAUGCUCAGAGAGUAAGACUUGUUUUGCAUGCAAAAGGUCUAACAUAUCAGGCUGUUAACAUCAAUUUGAAAAAGAAACCAGAAUGGUACGCCUCCAUCAACCCAUCAGAGAAAGUUCCUGCCUUAGAUACUGGCGAUAAAAUUAUAACGGAAAGCUUAGAUAUAUGUAAUUAUUUAGAUGAAACUUAUUCCACGCCUGCUUUAUACUCUGCCGAACCUGAAGCUGCCAGAAGGGAAAAAGAGUUGAUAGAAAAAGUUGGUGGUGUAACUGGACUAUUUGGAAAAUGCAUGACCAAUGCUAAAGAAAAAACUCCUGAAGAGUGGGUAAAAGAAUUCCUUUCUACCAUGGAACCUUUUGAAAAUGAGCUGAAACUGAAAGGUACAACAUUUUUUGGUGGCGAUAAGCCAGGCAUGAUCGAUUAUAUGUUAUGGCCUUGGGCAGAGAGGGCUAAGGUCUUAGAUUAUUUGGUUGAACAAAAACUACCAUUUUCUGAAGAUAGCAUUCCAACUCUUCACGAAUGGAAGAAAAAUAUGCUCACAGAUUCUGCGGUUCAAGCGGUUUACAAUGGUCCAGAUAAAUGUUUCAAGGCUAUACAAUUGAAGUAUGGUUCUGAAGAACCAAAUUUUGAUUCAAUUUAAGUAAUUACUUCAUACGUAAUGCAACAUACAUUUCAGGCUUUAAAAUGUUAGCAGUAGCUUUUCGCUUUAUUUAGAUACCUAAAUAUAGAUCAUGUUAACAUGUAAUCAUUCCAUUGACAAUACCAAUUUGCAUUUAUUUUUUACAUAUAUAGUACUUCGUUGGCUUAAUCAUUAGUUUAUCUAUGUUAUCGCAUAAAAGUCACAAUUAUAGUAAUGAUAUUAAGCAAAGAAAUAAACUGAUUAAGUUAAAUUUUAAAAAUUA